CACAGGUGCAUCAGUUAGACGGGAGGACAAUGACUGGCGGUGUCUUUGUGCUGCAAUGAGCUAUAAAUAUUGCAUUCAGGCAUCGCUAUAGCACACAAUGAGUGAUGGUGUGCGUGUGCAGAAUGCAGCGCCGGGUUCCAAACCGUUGCCAAAAUGUGGACUGAACCCUCCAAAAAAAAAAGACUUAGGAAGUAUCCCACCCCCCAUGUUUCUCUGUCCUGAGUUCAUUCACUAUGUUGGGCGUUUAGCUGAAGGAGGCUCUCCGCAGCACUAAAACUUUCUAAUGAAAUCCCCCCAAAACUUUUGACGAACAGCAUUUUUUAUAUUCCUUAUUAAGUUUUUUUCCCCCACACGUUAACCUGCUAUUCCACUGAAAAAACAACUUCAGAAGUUGACCUUUUCUCCCUGGUAAGAAGAUGGAGCCCAGUUCCACAGAGGGAGGAGCUGAGGAGAUCCCGCUCCCGAAAAGUCCACCUCCAAAGGUGAUCCUCAAACAUGGGCAGGAGCUGGAGGAGGAGCAGGAGGAGCUGGCCGAGCAUCAGCCUCUGGAGCAGGAAGACCUCAACUUUGAGCGCUGGAAGCGCAGGCCCUUACCCAGAAGGACGCUGCACCAGAAGAUCAGCGACUUGAAAACGUACCUGUGGAAUGCCGAGACCAAGGAGUUCAUGGGCCGCUCGGGAAAGAGCUGGAGCCUCAUUCUUCUCUUCUACGCUGCACUUUACAUUUUCCUGGCGGCCAUGUUUGGCGGCUGUUUGUUUUGCCUCAUGUGGUCCAUCAGUCCCUACCAUCCCACCUACAACGACAGAGUGAUGCCACCAGGUAUGACCAUGGCGCCACACCUGGAAGGCCACGAUAUUGCCUUCAACGCCUCCGACCGCAAAUCGUGGAAGAAGUACGCCCGAUCCAUGGAUGAAUAUCUAAGACCGUACAACGACGGCGCGCAGGAGAGGAAGAACAUCCGUUGCACGCACAACAGGUACUUCAUGCAGGAAGACCUGGAGGAGGACGCCGAGAGAAAAGCGUGCCAGUUCAAGAGGUCCUGGCUGGGGGACUGUUCGGGCCUGCAGGACCCCCACUAUGGCUACUCGCAGGGGAGGCCUUGUGUCCUCCUGCGAAUGAACCGGAUUCUUGGAUACCUGCCUGGCCAAGGGAAACCAAUAAACGUGACUUGUGGAGUGAAGAAAGGACCACCAGAAGCCUUGGGAGAGUUACAGUUUUUCCCUAAGAGUAUUUUUGACCUGAAGUACUACCCUUACUACGGGAAACUGCGACAUGUGAACUAUUCAUCUCCCGUGGUGGCCGUGCGCUUCGCGGGAGUGCAGUACGACACUCACAUCCAAGUACAGUGCAAACUGAACGGCAAGGGCAUCGUCAACGACUCACCCACCGACCGCUACCUUGGCAGCGUCACCUUCUCCUUGGAGGUGGGCGCGUAGGACCUGCAGGAUGGCUGGUUAUGUUUUGUUUUUGUUUUUUUUUCACCAUACGUAAUUUUUUAUUCUCGU